GUGCUUUUUGUUGGUUCUCCUUUCAGUUUUUUACUUCUCGCGCAUGAGAAUUGCAACUGUGGGAGGAAGAGAGCAUUUGGGCCACGGUUUCUUGCUAUGGGAGAGUGGGGUGUUUUUUGUGUCUCCCCCCCCCCCCCCCAGUGUACUUAGAAAACGUUUCAGAUACAAAACUGCCAACGUUGCAUCAUUUGGGGCUGUAGUUUUCCCAAGAUUCUCAAAAGUUCUCCAACUGAGAUCAGGAAAGUGAAAGCAAGAACUAAAGGAGAAGACAACUCUACGAGGCAACAGAAGGUGCAUGUCUUGGAGCUGAAUUUCCUGAACGGAUUGGGAGUCAAGAUUUAUUUGGAGAGCUGCAGUGUCUGAUUACUAUCGCAAUGAGAGGACUGAUGAACAUAGAGAACAAAUUACUUUCCAGUAUGAGUGUUACUAGUUUCAUUAAAUGGCCUACAGACUUUAUAUUCAGAAGAUCAUCUCACAGGUUUCUUUGUCUUAAGAAUGAUAGCUCCAGUACUGAACCAGAAAAAGAAAAUAGCAUUUUAAUAAAUAAUCUGACAGUUAUGGGUGUGGAUCUUAAAAUGGUAAGAAAGCGACAACCUGGUGUCCUCAGGAGGCAGAUUACCAAUGAAGAUGGCCUUAAGAAUUUUUUGCAAGCUAAAGGAGUGAAAGGAGAAGCUGUCGCCAGUAUAAUUUCACGUUAUCCUCGUUCCAUCAUUCGCUCAUACCAGUCUCUCAAUGAACGUUGGGAAAUAUGGCAGAGUAUUUUAACAAGUGACUUGGAAAUCGUACAAAUCCUGAAACGCUCUCCCGAAUCCUUUUUUCGUUCGGGAAAUAAUACGAACAUGCAGAAAAACAUAACCCUCUUUUAUUCUAUUGGACUGACUUCUAAGGAUCUUGGCAAGAUGCUAACCCGAGUUCCCAGGGUAUUUUCUAAUAGUAUUGAACUCAAUGAACAAAUUAUACAUUUGCUGAAUGAGAUUUAUAUAGAUCUUGGGGGUCAAAAUGCAGAUCAUUUUGUAAAGGAAAUAAUUUCUAGAAAUCCAUUCAUCCUUUUACGGAGCAGCAAGCAAGUAAAAGCAAACAUCCAGUUUUUCCAGUCAUCCUUUAAUCUGGAUAAUGAAGAACUGUUGACACUGUUACAAGGCCAAGGAGGAGAUGUACUGGAUCUUUCCAAUGAGUACCUUAAAAAAACUCUCACAAAUGUGAAAGAGAAACUGUUAUCUCACGAAUGCACUGAAUCAGAGGUGAAUGCGUUUGUCCUUAAGCACCCUCGAAUUCUGUACCUUUCUUCCCAGAACUUGAAUGACAAAAUUAAUCUCCUCUUACAGGCCAGUAUUAGCCUUCAGCAAGUACUGAGAAGCCCUCUCGUUUUUGACAAAAACAUCAACACUAUAAGAAGUCGAAUUUGUGAGUUGGAAAAAGUAGAUUAUAAUUUUGGGACCCACGGGAUUGGAAUUCUUGCAUUGAGUAAACAACGAUUUGAAGCUAAGAUGGAAAAGUUACGAUGUGCAUAAAAAUGUAUUUUUGAUUAAAUACAAAAAAAGCAAAGAGUUUGGAAAGAAGUUACUUUUGAAAAAGUCUUUAAAACAUGAUGGUGCUUAAAAAAAAUAACAAUUAUGAUUCUGUGGUUAUGAUAAUUUUUUUUGUUCAAAAAGUAAUGAUCCCACCUGUCAAAUUGCUUGAUGCUUAUUUAUGUGAUGCUUAUUUAUUAGGUAGCCUUGCAUUUCAGUGGUUUCACUUGAGUUUUACUCUGAACAUUAUAGGAGCUAUCUAAAGACUUCAUCAUACAAUGGAGCCGCAGGGGGCACAAUGGCUUAAACCCUUGUGCCAGCUGAACAGCUGACCUGAAGGUCAGUGGUUCGAAUCGUGAGACAGGGUGAGCUCCUGUCUGUCAGCUCCAGCUUCCCAUACGGGGACAUGAGAGAAACCUCCCACAGGAUGGUGAAACAUCCAGGGCAUCCCCUGGGCAACAUCCCUGCAGACGGCCAUUUCUCUCACACCCGAAACGUCUUGCAGUUUCUCGAUUCUGACAUGAUUUAAAAAAAAUCAUACCAGGCAAGUAAUUUGGGAUUGCAGCUGGACCAUCACUUUUACUGACAGUUCCCAUCAGAUGAAGCCACGUGCAUCCUGUUACUGGUUUGCUUCCUGCACAUGACUCUCCCAUCCCUAGCUACGGACAAAUAAAACCUAUUGUUCCCAAUUCAGCAAAGUUGCAUCACCUACAUGAAUGUAAUAAAUCCUGUUUCUGUGCCAGUAUGCUGACAGUAAUGUGACGUCAAGGAGCAGAAUUCUCCUCCACUCUCCCCACCUCUCCCCUCUCUGCCUUGCUGUUUCCAAUAAGGCUCUUUUUCUUUUAUUUUAUACAUAUUUUUGCCUUUUUGUUGUUGGGUUUAAUGCUGAAUGUGUGCAAUUGCACAAAAAUAAACAUUGAAAAUGUAAGGAAUUGCAGUAGUACACGAAGACCAGUUUAUGAGGUGUGCAGAAAUAUGAUCAUGGGACCAGGGAAUGGCAAAUUAGUGCAAUUGUACUACAGUAGAGUCUCACUUAUGCAACAUUCACUUAUCCAACGUUCUGGAUUAUCCAACGCAGUGUGCCUUUUAGUAGUCAAUGUUUUUAUAGUCAAUCUUUUCAAUACAUUGUGAUGUUUUGGUGCUAAAUUUGUAAAUACAGUAAUUACUACAUAACAUUACUGAGUAUUGAACUGCUUUUUCUGUCAAAUUUGUUGUAAAACAUGAUGUUUUGGUGCUUAAUUUGUAAAAUCAUAAUGUAAUUUGAUGUUUAAUACGCUUUUCCUUAAUCCCUCCUUAUUAUCAAACAUAUUUGCUUAUCCAACAUUCUGCUGGCCCGUUUAUGUUGGAUAAGUGAGACUCUACUGUAUUAAAGAGAUGUGUGCUAUCAAAGGUGCUCAAUCAUUUAUAUAGCAGAAUAAUGAGUUGGUGCAAUAAAGUCAUAUGUUGCAGAACUUA